GCAGCUGUGAACUCUUAUGAUAAUUGGCCUACAGUAGCUUUAUUUGGACAACCUUGUACCUAAAGAGAGAAAAUGGCUUGUGCUGAGUUUCCUUUUCAUGUGCCAAGUCUAGAGGAGCUGGCUGGAGUUCUACAGAAUGGGUUACAAGAGAAUUUUGCUGAUGCCCAGGUGUCUGUAGUUGAUUGCCCUGAUUUGACUAAGGAGCCAUUUACAUUUCCUGCAAAAGGCAUCUGUGGGAAAACUAGAAUUGCAGAAGUAGGAGGUGUGCCUUACUUAAUGCCUCUUGUAAACAAAAAAAAAGUUUAUGAUGUGAAUAAGAUUGCAAAAGAAAUCAGGCUGCCUGGAGCUUUCAUUCUCGGUGCAGGGGCAGGCCCAUUUCAGACUCUUGGGUUCAAUUCUGAGUUUAUGCCAGUUAUUCAAACAGAAGGUGCGCACACACCUCCUGUGAAUGGCAGUUACUUUGCUCGAGUGAACCCUGCAGAUGGAGGGUGCCUGCUGGAGAAAUACAGUGAGAAACAUCAGGAUUAUGGGUGUGCAUUACUGGCUAAUCUUUUUGCCAGUGAGGGCCAACCUGGCAAGGUCAUUGAGGUGAAAGCCAAAAGAAGAACUGGAAAGCUUAACUUUGUAACUUGUAUGAGAGAGACUCUUGAAAAACAUUAUGGAGAUAAACCUAUAGGGAUGGGAGGGACUUUCCUCGUUCAGAAGGGAAAAGUAAAAGCUCACAUUAUGCCUGCAGAGUUUUCUUCCUGCCCAUUGAACUCUGAUGAAGAUGUGAAUAAAUGGUUGCAGUUUUAUGAGAUGCAGGGUCCUUUGGUUUGUCUGCCAGUUUUUGUCUCCAAAGACCCAGGGUUUGAUUUGCGACUGGAGCAUACUCAUUUUUUUAGUCAUCAUGGAAACGGCGGGCACUACCAUUAUGACACUACCCCAGAUACAGUGGAGUAUCUUGGGUACUUCUCACCUGCGGAGUUUCUCUUUCGUAUUGAUCAGCCAAAAGAGACCCAUUCAAUUGGGCGAGAUUAAGUCAGGUGAUGCUCAUUUAGAAAUGGAAAUAAGGUUUCUCUUUAAAAAUUUAAAUCAAGAUCAUUAAUGGAUACUAGUAUGAAAUCCAAUGGAAAUGAUCUCAC